AUGGCACCUUCACUUGAAAGUAUCGAUUCUACUGCUGCGAGUCUGCCCGUCUCGUUGAAGAAGGAGAAGUCUCCAGUAGCCGUGUCAGAAACUGUUGAACCCACGUCAGCGGUAAAGGUCAAUGAUGAUAGGAAGGGAGAAUCGCUCUCAGUAAGGCCUUCCCAGCCUCGCGACUACCACUCGGGGAUUUUUGAGCUUGAGGACCAUCCGAUUGAUGCGCCUGGGAGAAUAAGGGUGGCGGUCGUCGGAGCAGGCCUCGCAGGUAUCAAUGCCGGUAUCCUUCUCCCAGCAAAGGUACCGGGGCUUGAUUUGACCAUAUACGACAAGAACGCCGAUGUUGGAGGGGUGUGGUUUGAAAAUGUCUACCCUGGCGUUCGCUGCGAUAUUCCUGCCAACGUGUACCAAUCUACCUUCUCGCCAAAGACGCAGUGGACAGAAGAGUACGCCCAAGGAGCCGAGAUUUUAGAGUAUUGGAAGAGCGUGGCACGUAAAUAUAAUGUGUACAAGUAUCUCAAACUCAGGCACAAGGUUGCUAAAGCACAGUGGGACAAUGACAGUGGGAAAUGGACACUGCGGGUUGAGAAUCUUGAAAACGGUGAGAUUGAAACGCCGGAGUUUGAUGUGGUGAUCACAGCCAAUGGCCGGUUCAAUGACUGGAAGCUGCCAGAUUAUCCAGGAAUCGAGGAAUACAAGGGUCAUCUCCGACACUCGUCUGCCUGGGAUCCAAAGUUUGACCCCAAAGGCAAGACCGUGGCCGUCAUUGGCAAUGGAGCGAGCGGUAUCCAAGUCGUGCCCAACCUCCAGCCUCUGGUCAAACACCUCGACCACUACGCCCGGAGCCCAACCUGGAUCGCAGGCUCCUUUGGCGGCGAAGGUCCUGGACGAAGACUCGAGCCAAAUUACUACGCUAGAGAACUUCUCGAGUCCUUCAAGGACCCGGAAAUAUACCACGAGUUCCGCAAAGAACUCGAAUCGAAGUUCUACCGUCGUUUUGGCACUCUCUUCAAGGGAAGCGAGAAAAACAAACAGCUACGCGAGGAGUUCAUACAGUUGAUGGCAAAGAGGCUAGAGAAAAAGCCCCAGCUCCUCGAACACAUCGUGCCCGACUUCUCCCCCAAUUGUCGCCGCCUGACGCCCGGUCCGGGAUAUCUGGAGGCCCUCACCGAAGAUAACGUCACCUUCAUCCGCACCCCAAUCUCGCACUUCACCGCGAGCGGAAUCGUCACCACGGACGGCGUCGAGCGCACUGUCGACGCCGUGAUCUGCUCCACAGGCGCUAAUGUCGACAUGCGGCCCCCGUUCCCCAUCACCGCCAACGGGAAAGACCUGCGCGACGCCUGGUCCCCAGACCCCCUCACCUAUCUCGGCUUCGCCACGCCCCACUUCCCGAACCUACUGCAUGUACAUGGACCGAAUUCCGCCGGCCACAGCGGCACGGUGCCCAACCAGGUCGAGACGCAGGUGACCUACAUCGCGAAGCUCCUGCGCAAGGUCUCCUCGCAAGGCAUCAAGACCUUCGUGCCCUCGCAGACCGCGACGGAUGAUUUCAUCGCGUACGCGGACUCGUUCUUCCCCAAGACGGUGUUCUCGGAGAACUGUAGCUCGUGGGCGAACGGCGGGAGGCCUGGCGGAAGAAUCCAUGGCCACUGGCCGGGGAGCGCAAGUCAUGUCAACGUUGCGAGGAGGGAUCCUAGGUGGGAGGACUGGGAGUGGACGUACAAGACGCAAACUGGUAACCGGUUUGCGUGGUUGGGGAACGGGUGGACGGCGAAAGAAGUGAAGGGCGAGGGAGAUCUGACGCCGUACUUAAGGAAGCCCGAUGACAUUGAUUUGAGGAGUUAUCAUGAGAUUUGGUAUGAGGGACUGAAUGAUUGA